AUGGCUUCUGCUUUCUCGGUAUCUAGCUUGCUUAAUGAGCAGCAACAACAACAGCAACAGCAUGAUCGAUCAUCUCGUCGACCACGCCCUGCUGUGCUCGACAUUUCAAACUUGCUGAAUAAUGAUAUGGCUACACCAACGCUCUCACCUACACGAACACCAUCCCCAGUGAGCGUUUCAUCAGGUCCAGCAACAUCAUCUGGAUACCCUUUUCCACCAUUGCCAUCCAUUGCAGAUACGUUGCCAGGCAUGUUGCCACCACUUUCAUCGGCGUAUCCAUCAAUGCCAAAGCCAUAUGAACCUGAUUACCAACAUCACCAUCAUCAUCAUCAUGCACAUCAUAAUAGCAAUAGUGGUGGUAUUGGAUUGUGGAUGCACGAUUCAAGGGCAUCAUCGGUUUCAUCCUUGGCAUCCAAUGCAAGCAAUUGCAGCAGCACUACCAAUGAAACCAGCAAAUCAUUAUCACAACAACAACAAGAGCAACAUCACAACCAUAGCAGUAGUAGCGAUGAAGAAGAGCAGGUCUCAUCAUCAAAACAACAACCUGUCAAAGCGAAACGUAGACGAGCCAAUGCCAAGCAACUUGAAGUUUUGAAUCGUGUGUUUGAGCGCACAGUCUUUCCAUCGACUCAAUUGCGCGCUGAGUUGGGCCGACAAUUGGGUAUGAGCCCAAGAACAGUCCAAAUCUGGUUCCAGAACCGCCGUCAAGCUAUUCGCACACGAGAACGUCAACGUUUACUUCGCAUCGUUCGUGAUGACCAACAAGUCUCGUCUCCUUCAUCAACGUCUUCAAGUGACUAA